AUGCGCCUCCCAGCUGAACAUCCCCAAGACCACCAACCCGGACUGUCAAACAGUCCUCAACACACUGCCGUACAACCUGCUUCACACGAGGUCCCUGCGGCUGUUGAUUGCCUCAUCUCUGGUAGCAUAGACCACGGCCACGCUCCGAAUCAGUUGCGUACGCACUUCUGCAUCGAGCCCGCCCCUCCUGCGCCUGUAGGCUUCGACAGAAGUACAAGGGAGCAGUUUCUUCGCUCGAGAGUGAACAGCCGCUACCCAGACGUAGAAUGCCAGCUCAAGAAUACCUACCAUCGGUACGAGUUCGAGAUAUCAGUCACUCGGCCCGACGUUUAUGCCCUCCGUACCAGCUACCCUCCGAAUCCCGACCGGCCAGAACGAGAAUUGCCGAUGGUGUAUCAAAGACGCAACCGCUGCGCUGCAGAAGGCGUCGCUGCAACACUGGGAGAGAUAUACGUGGCUACUGGAAGCAUCCCCGAACGCUUCAUCUUCGUGUACAGGUCCCCUAACACAUACAUCACGGGGGUUUCUCCUGAUGAUGACAUUGACAGCGUUCUCGACGCCUUCGAGACGACUUCCUACUCGGUGGCUGGAUACGGAGCCGUGGUAGACUGGCAGAGCAGACUUGAUGAGGAGCUAGAACGGCUGGCAGCCCAGAGGCGAGUCAACCCUGCUCUUGGGGGUUAG